AUGGCAUCAAAGAAAAAGUACGGUUUGCGAAAAUUGAAAUCUGUGCCAAAAUUGUCGAAAAAGUCAUUGCUUGUAACUUUGGAUGUCACAUCACUGUAUACAAAUAUACCACAUGCUGAUGGAAUAGACGCGUGUCGACACUACCUAGAUAAAGAAAAUAAUAAUAGUAAACUAUCGACGGAUGAAAUAUGUAGCCUCAUAAAGUUAACUCUCGAAAACAAUCAUUUUCAAUUUAGUGGUGAAAACUAUGUCCAAACUUUAGGAACGGCCAUGGUUAGUUCCAUGGCACCUGCGUAUGCCUCCUUAUUUAUGGGUAAAUUAGAAACUGAUUUUCUUGAAAGUUAUCAUCUGAAACCUACUGCUUGGCUCCGCUUCUUAGAUGACAUUUUCAUGAUAUGGGAUCAUUCUCUCGCAGACUUAAAUGAUUUCAUAAAAAAGCUGAAUGCAUAUCAUCCAACAAUAAAAGUUACUUACAACGUAUCUGAAAACAAUGUGUCAUUCCUAGAUGUAACAGUGCUGAAAAAGGAAAGCAAUAACAUAUCUACGGACAUUUACAUCAAGUCUACAGAUGUUCAUCAAUACCUGGAAUACAGUUCAUGUCAUCCAAAUAAAUGUAAAGAAGGCAUACCAUUCAGUCAGGCGAAGCGAUAUCGACGCAUCAUAUCAGACGACGGUAAAUUUCAAGAAUCUCUUGACAACUUAGAACAGUAUUUUAAGAACCGGAAUUAUCCCGACAACGUUAUUAAGACCGCAUUUGAAAAAGUGUCGAGUUCUACACAAGAUGAGGCUUUAAUCAACAAAAAUACAGACAUAAACAGUAGCCAAUUAAUUCCAUUUGUGAUCCCAUAUAACCCGUCCCUUCCGCAUCUUGGACUUACAAUAAACAAAUACUGGGAUCUUUUGAAACUGUCCAACAAUAACAGUGUACAACAAUUAUACAACUAUAAACCUGUUCUAGCUUACAAACGACCCAAAAACCUACAGGAUUAUCUUACUCAUUCGUCGCUAAACAAAAAAUCUUUGGAUUGUAAAACAAGUAGAUGUAACAGACGCAGAUGUACACAUUGUGACAGUAUUAUUGAAAGUGAUGCAUUUACGAGUACAAAUACAGGGAAAACUUUUAAAAUAUUUUUCGGUGGAAACUGCACGUCUAGUGACGUUAUUUAUUUAAUCACAUGUAAAAGGUGUAAAGUACAAUAUGUCGGUCAAACGCAUCAACUUGUGUCGAAACGAUGA